GGAAGCUGCGGCAGCGCCCCCUGUUUAGGAACGAUACAGAGGCUGGCUCUGACAGCCAACAUGGAGACGAAGACAUAACACAGAUCGGACUACCCAGAUGGACAAGGGUGUACAUGUGACAAUAAUUACAACCCAGACCCUACUUCUGGGUUGUCUCCCCUUACCAUUGUAAUUUGGAGCAUUCAUCCUAGCCAGCAUGGUGCUGCUAUGUCAACUUGAUGGCAGGGGACAGUGGAUAUUAUUGGCCUUUACUUUCAUCUCAAGCUGCCUGUUUGAACCAGUAAUGACAAGCACAUAUUAUUUCGACAAGUAUGGUCACUGUGCUUCCACCGAUCCUAUCGUUAUUGACGAUGAACAGCACACGAUUUUGGCCAAGGGUGGUGAGGCGUACUCCACACUUCAGUGUGACUUGUCCUUCAAGGCUGAUCGCAACGACCAGUUGUGUCUGCACUUCAUCACCUAUAGCGUUGACAACUGUGAUGUAGAACUGUUUGUGUACGACAAAGAUGCAAGUUCAGGCAGCUAUAUGAACAAAUUCACAUGUGGAUCAGAUGUCCAUAGUGUUUGCAGCUCGGGCCGUUAUUUAACACUGUUGUUGAAGAAGAGGAGGCUAAGUUCCAAACAAUACAACUUUGAACUCGUUGUCAGAGAAAAGUCGGAGAGUGAUGUGUUCAUGGACGGCCUGGAUGCGUUUGUGCUGUCCAUAGGUCUUAUCAUUGGGAUCAUUGUGGGUGUGGUGUGUCUGAUAGCCGUGUUGGCCGUUAUCGUUGUUUGUUGUUGUUGUAAGAGGAAGGCUAGUCAGGGGCGAGUCUAUCGUAAAGCACCAAAGGCAGCCUCUGAGGGUGAACCAUUCCAGAGAAACGUCAACCACCACCCUGUACAGCCAUCAGCACCCCCACUUCAGGAGAGUAACCUACCUCCUCCAUCAGCCAUGAUACUCCCCCAUGACAUCCACCAAGGAUAUGCCCAGCCUUUCCCUCUGGAACCUCCACCAGCCUAUACCCCAGUCCCUCCUUUGGAAAGUCAGGCCCCAGCGAUUGUCAAAACAUGAUGAUAUCAAAUUUUGUGAUCUACUUAUAUAAGUAUGAUGUCAUCAACUCCUUGAGUCAUCAAAACAUUGAUGUCAUCAAAAUCUGCAGUCACCUAAACAUGAUGUUAUCGAAUUCCAGACUUAAUAAUGUCAUUAAAUAGAGGCAUCUCAAAACAGUGUCAUCAAAGAUAUUGGCCAUAAAAAACAUGGUGAUAUCAAAACUGAUAUCAAAACUAUCUAAAUACCAUGUCAUAAAAUCCAGGCAUGAUCAAAAUAUGUCUUAAAAUUCUUGUGUUAUGAAAACAAGAGGCCAUCAAUAAUUCAAGAUGUUAAAAAAUGGUGUCAUCAGAUGCUGUGGUCAUCUCAAUAUGAUGUCAUCAAAUGCUGUGGUCAUCUAAACAUAUCAUGUCAUGCUGUGGUCAUCUAAAUAUAAUGUCAUCAAAUGCUGUGGUCAUCUAAACAUGAUGUCAUCAAAUGCUGUUGCCAUCAAAUUCUGGCAUUAGAAUAUGAAGGCAUCUUACCUGAUGUCAAAAAUGUUGGCAUUGAGCAGAUCUGAUUUUUCACUGGAAGAGAUGUAUUGAUUUCAGUGUGUAAGAACUUCUAAUUGCAUGAUUGGUGUUUUUUUCUGUGAUCUUGAAUUGUGAUAUUUAAAGUGUCUGCAUUAUUCUGACAAAUGUCAUAAAAAGAAGUUUGAUUAACCCUGAAGUAUUUUUGUAUGAACGUGGUAGUUUAACUUCAAAUCAUGCCAAAUCCAGCGGAUGUGGAGAAUAUCUUGAAGUGUUUCAUUAAUUGUGAAUCAAAUAUUGAUUAAGAUCUUGAAGUGUAUAAAGGGCAAUACAGUUUACAUGUACAAGUUAAAAGGUAUUGUCUCCCCUUUAUCAGUAGCUAGGAAUAACAUCAAAUACUAGUUUAACAUUUCAAAAUAUUAUGUUUGCCGUUAUUUUAUUUUAUUUAAAUGCCUAUAUAAAGAUCGCCCGUGAAAAGUUAUAAAACUAUAUAAUUUAUUACAGUUUGAUAGGUAAUAAUGGGUAAAUCAAGAAAAUAUAUUUAUUAAAUGUAUUGAUAGAUUAGUUAUUUAAAAUGUAUUUAAACCUAAUUGCCAUAGAUGAUCUAGUGCCAUGACCAUGUGUCAUUAGUUAUGUGUCAUCACCUGUAUUCUCAAAGAUGAGGUCUGUCAAUAUACAUCGUGGAGGUAUGUUUUUUGUGUCUCAUUUGCAUAAUCUAUAGUGGUAUCGGUUAUAAUUUUUGUAAUUGUGAUUUAAUCAGUUUGCUGGUCAAAAUAUGUCUCGAUAUCGAAAAACAAUUGUUAUGGAAUAUUUUUUUUCUAAUGUCAUAUCAGAGUUAGCUUGAUUUUUCCAUAUCAUUUUUACAGUGACGAAGGCUUAUGUGCAUUAUUUGUUGUUAAGAAAGUAUACCUUUUGAAAUUAUGUUGGGUUAUCUGCCCUUGGUAAUUCAUUAAAAAUAUUGCUGGUUUUUAGCAAUAUUAAAAGUUGUCAUAUCUACAAGCAUAUCAGGAUAAUGUUAAUAUCUAUCAAAAUUACAACAAAAGAAAAACGAAGACAACCUUAAUUUAUCCGUAUCCGUUUAAAUCUUAGAUGUUCGUAGGAAGGACAGAGACUCUUUAUCGGACAAGUUUUCACCAGGACAGUUAAAAUUGCUUGGAAACAAAAGUUCCAUAGGUAGCCAUGCUUUAGAAUUUCUAAUUAUACACCUUGCUUGUGUGGAUAGAACAGUUAGCUACAUGCUGGUAGGUAAACCACACGUGGAAAAACAUUCAAUUUGUAUUAUAUCAAAUAUUAUCUGUACUAUGCGAGCGAGAUGGCAGUCCAUGACAUACACUACUGAUGCGUUUCACCAACACCUCAGUAGUGAUAAGUGGAAUUGGGACCAGUAUUAUUUACAACUACCUUUAUUUCUUUUUAUUGUUGAUAUACCUGACAGUAACAUGUUUCAUCAUCGUUUAUUUUUUAUUUUCAAUAUUAUCAGUGUAUGGAUCGAGAUCUGUGCACUACAAUUCCUGUCUGUUCAUUGACCAAUAUCUUAUUCAGUUAACACACUGUGCUCCUGUAGUUUACAUUUCUGAUAGUAAAUACAUAUUUUGAGUAUUGUCAACAAUAGAAUGUAUAGUUGUCGUAUUUGGCAUGUCCCCAGGUAUCUUACUCGAGUGUUACCAUUCAUUUUCCUGAUGUCAAAAUCUUGAACCCAGUCGAAAGUCAGUCAUUGUGGUCAAGGUCAAGGUCAAAAAAUUGACAUAAUGAUGGGAAAUAAGAUUUGUCUCAUUUGCAGCAUCCAGACAGGUUUUCAUCAACUGUUUCACUUCACCCAAGUGUUCCUGGCAUGUCUCUGGAGCAGAGUUGAAAUCCAUGGUUAAACUUCAAAGGUCAAGGUCAUAGCUACAGACCAUUGACAUGAUGAUUGAAAUGAUAUUUGUCUUGUCUGCAGGUUCCUGGUGAUAACUUUCUGCUAAAUUUCAAAUAUUUUUGACAUCAAUCUCACGAAACCAGAUGAUAGUCAAGGUCAUGCAUUGCAUUACUGCUUAAUAUAGUUUCUCAAGAUCUGUUGACGGUCAAGGUCGUACAUCUAUGGUCAAGGUUACAGCUUCAGAAACAGUUUGAUGAUUGGAAAAUAAUUUUCAACCCAAUUUCAUAAAACCUGUCUUGUAUUUCUGAACACAAGACUGCAUUGUUCUUAAUUUUCAGGAAAUGCAGUGAAAGAAAUUCUAAAAAUAAAUGCCUGAACUGGUUUGAAUAUGGACUUAUAAACACCAAGAUACAACAUUAUUGGAAAAACAAGUGAUAUCGCAGCAAUAUCAUACUGUUAACAUACAUUCUUUGUUAUUCGACAUUAUGUUAUGGUAUAUAAUCAACAUUUGUGAAAAUCUGGGAGGAAUUAUGUUUACUCCUGUUAUUUUUUAUUUUAUUCAAUUACUGGGUUAAGCCAGGUUGUAUUUAAUAUUCUGUUUAUUUAUUAUUUUUACCAAUGAUGUGUUAUUUAACUUCAGUGCAAUAUUUUCGUGUUUGUUAAUUUAAUAUUUUAUUGUUUUGUUAGUCGUCUUAUUUAAAACUUUAUUUAUAGAAUUUAAUUAAGUAAACCGUCCUAUUUUGUGUAAUAUUCAUACAUAUUUAUUUUUUGUUGUGAAAAAAAAUCAUAUUUUGCCAUCAUCUUUCGUGUUACAUGUACAUGUCAUUGUCAAGUAUAUUUACUAUCAGUAUAACAUAAUGGGAACAAUAAAACUGUAUCCAAACAUAUCUGUACCGACUUUUUAG